AUGAAACAAUGAAAAGGGCUCUGACAUUUUUCUUCUCUCUACUAAAAAGUGGCAAGGGGUUUGUUUUGUCCACCUGUUUUAAAAUUAAGUCAAAAUGCCAAUAAGACCAGAUCUCCAGUUGGAAAAAUGCAUUGAUGAUGCUUUAAGAAAAAAUGAUUUCAAACCUUUGAAAACACUUUUACAAAUUGAUAUUUGUGAAGAUGUGAAGAUUAAAUGCAGCAAACAGUUUUUCCACAAGUUGGAUGACCUUAUGUGCAGGGAGCUGAAUAAAAAGGAUAUCCAAACUGUUUCAACCAUUUUGGUUUCUUUUGGAAGAUGUGGCAAAAAUAUCAGUAUAUUGGGGCAAGCUGGACUUCUAACUAUGAUAAAACAAGGACUAGUCCAAAAGAUGGUUGCCUGGUUUGAAAAAUCCAAGGAGAUUAUUCUGAGUCAAGGAAAUUCAAAAGAUGAAGCUGUUAUAAAUAUGAUAGAAGACUUAUUUGAUCUUUUGAUGGUCAUACAUGACAUCGAUGAUGAAGGUAAAAGACAAGUAGUGGAAAGUUUCAUACCUCGAAUUUGUGCCCUGGUUAUUGACUCAAGAGUGAAUGUUUGUAUUCAGCAGGAGACUCUAAAAAAAAUGAAUGCUAUGCUGGACAAAAUGCCUCAAGAUGCCAGGAAAAUACUCUCUAACCAAGAAACGUUAAUUCUCAUGAGUAGUAUGGGAGAAAGGAUUUUAGAUGCUGGAGAUUAUGACUUACAAGUGGCUAUCAUAGAAGCUUUAUGUAGAAUGACCACAGAAAAACAAAGACAAAAACUGGCAUGUCAGUGGUUUUCAAUGGAUUUUAUUGCUAAUGCAUUUAAAGGAAUUAAAGAGUCUGAAUUUGAAACAGAUUGCAGGAUGUUUCUCAACCUUGUAAAUGGCAUGCUUGGAGACAAAAGAAGGGUCUUUACGUUUCCUUGUUUAUCAGCAUUUCUUGAUAAAUAUGAGUUGCAAAUACCAUCAGAUGAAAAACUUGAGGGAUUUUGGAUAGAUUUUAAUCUUGGGAGCCAGACUGUAUCAUUCUACGUUGCUGGAGACAAUGAUAAUCAUCAGUGGGAAGCAGUCGCUGUGCCUGAGGAAGAAGUACAAAUAUACAGCAUUGAAGUGAGAGAAUCGAAGAAGCUACUGACUAUAAUUCUGAAAAAUAAAGUAAAAAUUAAUAAAAGAGAAGGGAACGAAUUGCUUUUGUAUUUUGAUGCAUCGUUAGAAAUCACUAAUGUGACACAAAAAAUUUUUGGUGCAGAUAAGUAUAGGGAAUUUACCAGAAAACAAGGCAUUUCCGUUGCCAAAACAUCUGUGCAUAUUCUUUUUGAUGCAAGUGGAUCACAGAUUCUAGUCCCAGAAAGUCAAAUCUCACCAGUCGAAGAAGAACUUGUUAGUUUGAAAGAAAAAGCUAACCCCCAAGAGGAAUUUGCUAAACCUCCAAAAUAUAUCAAAAACAGUAAUCAAGGGGACAGAAAAAAUAGUCAGCCUGAGAUAAUUACUCCUAGCAAAAGAAAAAUGUCUGAAGCAUCAAUGAUUGUUCCUGGCACAGAUAGAUACACUGUGAGAAGUCCAGUACUUUUAGUCAAUAAAUCAACACCACGAAGAAGAAGAAUUAAACCACCACUGCAAAUGACGAGUUCUACAGAAAAACCUGGUGCUUCUAAAACAUUGGAAAAUGGAGUGGAUAAUGCUGUAUCACUUAGAUCUAGAUCAUCUGAAGAAAGAAAUAGAGGAGAUAAUACAGACAAACAUAUCGAAACUGCUAAAGUUAUAGAAAAGACAGAAAAUAAGGACAUUGAAUUCCCAAACCAAAAUUUUAGUGAACUCCAGGAAAUUGUUCCUGAUUCACAGGCAGUGGGAAAAAUAGAUAAACCUGUGUUACCUGGUGUUUUAGACAACAUCUGUGGAAAUAAAAUGCACUCCAAAUGGGCAUGUUGGACACCUGUAACAAAUAUUAAUCUGUGUAAUAACCAAAGAGCAAGUACUUCAUCAGGAGACACAUUUAAUCAAGAUAUUGUUAUCAACAAAAAACUUACUAAACAAAAAUCAUCCUCUUCAAUAUCAGAUGAUAAUUCUCAGGAAAUGGGAAAGGUGCAGUAUGGGAGAGAAAUAAUGCAGCAAAACAAAAUACAUAAAGCAGAAGUAGAAGUUUGCAAAAGAAACAAACAACAACAACUAAAUCAUUCUAAACAUUUGGAGGAGAAAAAUAUUGAAAAUACAAAGCAGAGUGAUUGGAGUAUUGAAUCUGAAACUACUUUUAAAUCAGUUCUCCUAAAUAAGACAGUUGAAGAAUCUAUGAUCUGUAGGAAGAAGUACAUACUGUCAAAAGAUGUGAAUACUGCUAUCUGUGAUAAAAGCCCUUCUCCUAGAAAAAAUGCAAAAAGUCAUAGAAAAUCAGGGAAAAGAUUGACAUCUGAAUUUAAUUCCUGGGAUUUGAAACAAAAAAAAAUGAGAGAAAAGUCAAAAGGGAAAGGAUUUACUGAUGCAGCAGAAUCUUUGAUAAGCCAAAUUAAUAUGAGAUACAAACCAAAGGAUGGCAUAAAGUCUACAAGAAAAUUAAAGGAGUCUUUGAUUGACAGUGGCUUUUCAAACAAAUCUGAUCUACAGCUCAGUAAGGAAAAGGUUCAGAAAAAACGUUAUAGACAAUUGAUGACUACUUUUGUUAAUGUUACUUCUGAAUGUCCAUUGAAUGAUGUUUACAAUUUUAAUUUGAAUGGAGCUGAUGAGCCUAUUAUAAAACUUGGAAUCCAAGAAUUUCAAGCUACAGCUAGAGAAACCUGCAUGGAUAGUUCAAUAACAUUGUUAGGUUUAAGGAAUCAUGAUGAACUUGAACCUUCUCUCAAAACAAAAGAUAAAAGAACUGUAACUAAUCAUAAAGAGAAAAAUCUCUUUAGUGAUACUGACACAGAAUACAGAUGUGAUGACAGCAAGACCGAUAUUAGCUGGCUAAGAGAACCGAAAUCAAAACCACAGCUAAUAGACUACAGCAGAAAUAAAAAUGUGAAGAAACAUAAAAGUGGGAAAUCAAGACCAUCUUUGGAAAGGGGACAGCCAAGAUCUAAAAUGAUACCCAACAAAAACAUCACCAAAAAGGUAGAUGAGACAGUUCCAGAGGGGAGAACGAGACUUCCACGACGAGCCACAGAAACCAAAAAAAAUUAUAAAGAUCUCUCAAAUUCUGAAUCAGAGAGUGGACAAGAAUUUUCACAUUCAUUUAAAGAGAAAGUGUUAGUAAAGGAGAAGAUCCAUUCCAGACGCAAAACCAUGAAACUGCCAAAGAAACAGCAGAAUUCCUUCACUGCCGAAACACAAGAGGAUAUAUCAAAAGAAUGGAAAAACUCAUCUCUACUGAAAGAUACUAUAAGAGAUAAUAGCCUUGAUCUAUCUCCUGUCACUUUAUCUGGGAGUCCAUCAUCUAUAGAAGUAAUGAGAUGUAUAGAGAAAAUAACAGAAAGGGAUUUAACUCAGGAUUAUGGCUGUAUAACAAAAUCAGUAUCACCUUAUCCAAAAAUUUCAUCACCUGAAUCCUUAAACAGUGGAGCUGGAAGUCCAAUAAAGUCACUCAAGAAAAGUGAGAAGAAUUUACUAUGUACAAGAGAAAGUUGCUCACCAAUUCCACGAUCAUUCUUUUUGGAAAGUCAUUCAGCAUCUCCAUUAUCCAUGUCUAGUGAAGGAAGAGAGAAAAUAUGGUGUGGCAUGUCCUAUGACUCCACUCAUGUAUCAGGCCCUACACAACAUCUUAGUCGCAAACGAAUGUACACAGAAGACAAUCUAAGUAAUCCUGGUGAAGCAGAAUUGGAAGAAGAAGAAGAAGAAAGAGCAAACUUGCUUCCCAAGAAACUGUCUAAAGGAGAAGGUGCCGAUCAUCACACUUGGAAAGUGUCUGAAAGUAUAUCUCCAUUAUCAACAAAUGACUUUUCUAUUCCUGGGGAGAACUGGGACACUGAAAUUUCAGGUGUAGGGACGAUGUGUGAGGCGCUCAAUACAGAAUUUAGGAGGAAAGUUCAUAUCCGCCACAAAAUGAUGGAUUAUUUUACUAAGCAGUCUUGGAAAACGGCUCAACAACAUAUAAAAACAAUGAACCAUCAGAUUCAGGAAUAUAGGAUCAAAAAACUUGACAAAUUCCAACUCAUCAUCAUAGAGGAGCUGGAGAAUUUUGAAAAAGAUUCACAGUCUUUAAAAGAUUUGGAGAAGGAAUUUGCGGGCUUUUGGGAAAAGGUAUUUCAGAAGUUCGGUGCCUAUCAAAAAAGUGAACAGCAGAGACUUCACCUUUUAAAAGCUUCAUUGGAAAAGAAUGUCUUCUACAACACUGAUUAUGAAGAAACUGUUUUUACAUCUGAGAUAUGUUUGAUGAAAGAAAACAUGAAAAUGCUGCAAGACAGACUUCUUAAGGAAAUGCAAGAAGAGCAGCUUCUUACUGUACGCAGAGGAUUGAUGUCAUUAUUCAUGGCUCAUGAAAGAAACGAUGUGUGAUGUCUAGUUGUUAUCAACAAGUUGUAUCCAGUUAUUCCUUUGUGUGUAUAGCUGAGGAAUACCAGAGUAGCUCUACAAAGAAAAUACAUGUCACCCAGGCAAGAGUACCUUUGUAGGAACCUCUAAAUUCAAAGAAAUGGCCUCUAAUGGAUGAGAAAGAACCUACAGUCACUAUAACAUGACACUUGAGACCCAAAGACUUUUGUCUGUACAAUACUCUUUUUUAGAAAGCUUUGGGAAACCAAUCAGUAAAAGAAAUUGGCUUGUUUUUAUAGUAAUAUUUGCAUGAGACAAAAUAUUGCCAAAUUAACUACUCAUAAACUAGUUAUUUCUUUAAUAAACUAAAAUUUAUCAUAUAAAAUAUAUUUUUAAAGUUUGAACUAAAUAAAGUAUUAAUAAAAUUUACUAGUUCAGAAUAUACUACAAGUAAUAAAAAUGUAGUGAUGCAUGGAAGGGGGAGGAGUCUGAUUUAAAAUGCUUCCCUGAGUGUAAAUCAGUACUUUCAGCACACUGCUGGAGAGUAUAUUUAUUCAGUUAUGGCUCCAUUGGAUUAGAAGGCACUGACUAGCCUAAAAUAGUUAACUCGUCUAUCUAGAAUUAAAAUGGUAUUAACUCGCAGCAGGCUGUUUUGACAAGUACUUUUUAAGCCCUAGUGUUCAUUGUAAUAAUAUUUUGCUAGAUUAAUGUAUAAAAAUGAAUAUACAUUUAUUUGCUUUAAUUGUAUAAUAAAGUUGAAAUAA